UCCCAAUCAUGGAGGUUCUUAAUCCAACUCACUCACCACAAACAAUCACUCAAUCACUCAAUCAAUUCCUCAAUUCCUUCAUAAACAAUCCACUCAAUCCAAACCAAAUCACACUUCAAAAUGGGCUCCCUUCCUGAGAAAGACUUCCCCGAAGUCCACCGUUUCAUCACGACCCACAAGGAAGAUGGAACCCCCACCUUCGAGACCAAGAUCCCCGAACCAAUCGAAUGGGAGCGCACCAACAUUGGCGUCGAUUUCUUCCUCGCCUACACCCUCGGGAGCUUUCCCGCUCCCCUCAGCCACGAUGCUGACUUGAACCAAUACAAAGAGCAUCUCGUCAACCACCCUCCCUUCAUGAUUCCGGGUGGUGCAGUCGUGCGCUACGUCGACUACCACCCGGGCUGUGAGCCCAUGUGGCAUCGCACUGUGACCGUUGACUUCGGAGUCGUCAUUGAGGGCGAGCUGGAGCUGGAGGUCGAGGGCGGCGAGAAGCGAUUGAUGAAGAGGGGUGAUGUUGCCGUGCAGAGAGGUACCAACCACUGCUGGCGCAACCCCAGCAAGACCCAGUUUGCGCGCGCCUUGUAUAUUGCCAUGGAUGCCAAGCCGGUCAUCGUCAAUGGCCAAGCGUUGGGCGAGUCAUUGGGCGAGGUUAAGCACUGA